AUGACGGAGAGGAUCUUCCACUGGAGAGAUAUUCCAGAUGGGAAUGCUGAAAGGAUCUGCACUGGAGAAGAGAAGCUGAAGACUCUUCCUAAUUCUGUUUUUGAGACCACCAUGGGUGGACAUAGUUACAGCAUCUACAAUGCAGUCUAUGCUGUGGCACAUGCUCUGAGGGCCAUGCGCUCCUCCAAACCCAAAGAGGACUUAGAUGACUGUGUCCCAUGUCCAGAAGAUCAAUAUCCAAGCAAGGAUCGGGAUAGUUGCCUUCAAAAAAACAUAACUUACUUGACUUAUCAAGAUCCUUUGGGGAUUUCUUUGGUAGUGAUUGCACUCUCCUUUGCUUUCAUCUCAGCUGUGGUGCUGGGGAUCUUCCUGAAACACCAGGACACCCCCAUUGUCAAAGCCAACAACAGGAAUCUCACUUUUACCCUUCUCACUGCUCUCCUGCUCUCCUUCCUUUGCACUUUGCUUUUCAUUGGCCAACCUGACCAAGUGAAAUGUCUCAUGCAACAAACUGCUUUUGGGAUCAUCUUCUCUGUAGCUCUUUCUUGUAUACUGGGGAAAACAACCGUUGUUGUGCUUGCUUUCAUGGCCACCAAGCCAGGAUCCAAGAUGAGGAAAUGGGUGGGCAAAAGGCUGGCCAACACUAUUGUGCUUUCUUGCUCCCUGGCACAAUUCACCAUUUGUGCAGUGUGGCUGGCAAUUUCUCCCCCAUUCCCAGUUUCUGACAUGCAUUCAGUGGCUGAAGAAAUUGUCCUGGAAUGUAAUGCAGGCUCAACCACAAUGCUGUAUGCUGUCCUUGGCUUUAUGGGGUUCUUGUCUGCUGUCAGCUUCACCGUGGCCUUCCUAGCUAGGAAUUUACCUGACAGCUUCAACGAAGCCAAGUUUAUCACCUUCAGCAUGUUGGUCUUUUGCACUGUUUGGGUGUCAUUUGUUCCCACCUAUCUUAGUACAAAGGGGAAAUACGUGGUGGCGGUGGAGAUCUUCUCCAUUUUGGCUUCUGCGGCUGGAUUACUGGGCUGCAUCUUUUCCCCCAAAUGCUAUAUC